AUGCUUCGCCCAUCACGGCUCGCCCGGCCACUCGCCCGGGUGUCAGGCCGUCCAUCCGCAGUGCCGACUGCCAGCCGUGCGCGGCUCUCCCAACGAGCAUCUACCCGCGCCACCCACGACCUGGACCUCAACAGGCUCAACAACAAACGUCGCGACUAUGAGAAGAACCGCACAGCGUUCCUGGCCGCCGGCGCCGUUGCCGGAAUCAUUUCCUUCGUCUACACGGCAUGGAAGCUGAAGAAGGCGCUGGAUGCACAAAGCGCCAAGGAAAAAAUGGCAGUACGAUGCGACGCCCCCAUUCCCACCGAGGCGUUCAAGACGGAGGCCGGCGAGAAGCGCAAGGUCGUCCUCCACGACGAACAGGGCAGGGAGAUUGUUCCCACGGGAUACAGCGUCGUCCCGGCGUUUCCCCGCACCAUGGACCUCGACCUCCCGGGAGGUUCGACUGCAGACCAACCCGUGGCCGCAUCCCUCUCGGACAGCGCCGGCGUGGAAUACACACUCGUCGGACUGGGCAUGCGCACAGUUACCUUUAUCGGUAUCCAGGUAUACCUGGUGGGGUUCUACGUCGCCACGCAGGACAUUGAGCGCCUGCAGCGUUACCUGGUCAAGAAGAUCAACCCGCUCGCCACGACGCUGAUUCCCUCUGAGAAGGAGGCCCUGCGCAGGGCGCUCCGCGAUGCCGCCGAGGGCGAACGGACGUGGGACUCUAUCCUGAGGGAAGCCGGGUGCCGCACGGCCUUCCGCAUCGUGCCCGUCCGCGACACCGACUUUCAUCAUUUGAGGGAUGGAUUUGUGCGAGCCGUUCAGGCUCGCUCCGGGCGCGACAAGACGUACAACGACGAGGCGUUUGGUGCGGCUAUGAAGGACUUCAAGAACUUCUUCAACCGCGGACAGGUCCCCAAGAAGAAGGAGCUCUUGCUGUCGCGCGACGCGCGGGGGACGUUGGCGGUUCUGUAUGGCGAGGGAGGUCAUGAGCAGCAGGCUGGUAGGACCUUGAUGGGCACUAUUUCUGACGAGAGACUAUCCAGGCUGUUGUGGUUGAACUACCUGGCAGGGAACAGGGUUGCUUCUGAGGGGGCUAGGGACAAUAUCAUCGAGGGAAUUAUGGAGUUUGUAGAGCGGCCUGUUGGAACUGUCGCCGCACAGAUCUUGUAG